UAGGAUGCCAACUGCCCAAAAAUACCACCGAAGAAGUAAACGGACGCGAACAGUGACCAAGAACAAUUACCACUUUAGCGUUUUUAUUGUUGUAUUUAGACGUUUAUUAACACACUGGAACUCAAAGUAUGCCGAUUUUUACUUCACGGCAUCACAUAAUUACCUCAGGUAGUCUGUAAUUCGCGUUGGAAACAGGACUUGGUUCAUAUACCUAUGUUAUCUAGGUAACGCUUGCUAGCUGCUAACAAUGGCUGACUGUAUGGUUUUUCACACUCAAAUAGCCUCCAUUAUGGAGGUUCUAGCGAAUGCAGCCGUGGCAGAGAUCUGUAAACUAGUAGAUGACGACUAUGCAGUGUUUCGUUUAGAAGUUACUCAAAGCCAGAAAGAAAACAGAGGAUUGCGGAGGAAACUACAGCUACUGGAACUGAAGGUGGCACGGGAGCGCGCAGAGAGGACAAUACGAGAGCGCGUCGUCGCCAGUCGUCCCAGUAGUGUCAAGAUCCUCGAUCGAUACAGAGGAAUGGCAAGAGGUGAAGGACAUCUCACUGGAGGCCACAGGAGCUUUGUGAAACCAGCGGGACACAACGCGUGGAUAGAUGACCAACCUAUAGCUAUAGAUGAGGGGAGUGGAACCUCAACCCAGCAUGUUAUUGUGAUAGAGUCUGCAGAUGCAGAGGCUGCAGGUCCUGGGGUCAAUCAGGAGGGGACUGAAGGAAAGGACUCAAGACACAGAGACAUCCAGACUGGAGCGCUCCCUGUAGCCACGGAGGACCGCGGCGCCACGCCCAGGACCUCCCGCAGCAUCACGGAGGAGGAGGAGGGUCCAGAGGUGCUGCUGGUCAAGGAGGAGGGGUGUGAGGAGGGUCUGGAGAACCCUGAGGGGAACAUGGUCAUGGAGGACAACCAAACUACACCUCCUCUUGAACCCACAGAGGAACCAGCUGAGCAGCACAGGAACACACACUGUAUCACUGAGUCAGUAGACAUGGAGGAUGGGAAGCAUGAUCUGCUGCUAGUCAAAGAGGAGACCAUAGAAGAUGAACCAGAGAGCAUGGAUCUGCUGAGUGGACUAAAGAUGGGGGAGCAAGGUGAUUGGCUGGAGGCUAACAGAGGAGACUGGACGGCCAUCUUGAAUUCCCAGACCCAGACCGGUGGAGCCAAGGGCUUACGGGACAACAUCACUGAGCAGGCCAGGACCAGAGGCGACAAAGUGGAGUCUGCUGUCCAUGAGAGCCUGCUGUCAUCUGGUGUUGCUGGUGGGAGAGACUGGGCCUCUGAGGUGGCUAGUCACAAAGCCUGGCCCCGGAUCAGAACCCUGGAUCAGCAGCCUUCGCUCUUCCUUCCCGAGUCGGAACCAGGACCCAACUACGAGGGACCGAGACUCCACCACCACACAGAACACAACCAGUGGACAGGUGGACUGAACAACCUCAGUCCUGGUGGUCAUCAGAGAGGCUCAAGUCAGGGAUCCAGUCUGCAGCCCAGACCCUUCUCUUCACAGUCUCAGUGCAGGGAUGUAGCAGGGCCUGGGGCUGAUAGAGAUAGACCCUCCUGUUCCUAUGAUACAAACACCACAGUGUCCAUGAUAAACAGUGCAGGUCUUCCUGGGCUUCAGCCUUCACAGAGAGUGGUGGGAGACCCCCCUGGUAGGAGUCUAACAGGAAGUCUUUCCUCUCCAUCAGGAUCUCGUCUAAUGCCUGGUGAAUGGGUUCAUAGAAGGUCUGGGUCUAGCCUUCCUCAUUUACCUCAUGGUUACCCUAGCAAUACAGACAGAGUCAGGAUGGGUGUUCAGCACAAGCGCUUCCUAGCCUCUAACACAUCACAAAAUCCCAACAACACCCAAACAAUGGCUAGAGGUCAAGGAGGGAGCUCAAAGACUAACCACCUGAGGCUGGCUCCUGCUUCUACCUCCUCUGGUGUCAUUGGGAGGCCGAGCAUUAGGACUGACGCCGACAAGCCGUACACCUGCCCAACGUGUGGGAGGCGCUUUGCUAAAGCGAGCUAUGUGAAGAUGCACCAGACCGUUCACACCAAGGAGAAGCCCUUCAAGUGCAAACUAUGUUACAAGAGCUUCUCCUUCCUGACUAACCUUAUCAGACAUAGGAGUGUCCACAAUGGGGAAAAAUCGUAGCAGUGUGGCCUGAGAUGUACACAGGGGGUGUCAGGGUGACAUAUUAUAGUUAUGUGAAGUGUCUUUGGGUAAGAGAGUAAUUAACCACAUACCCCUCAUUAACCCGUUGUUAACUUGUCUUUUGAAACAGGCUUGUUUAAACUGUUUUUAGAGAGAGAGUAAACAUGGGCUAGAACAAAGAUAGUUGAAUAUUUACCUUACUGAGGUGAUGUAGAUGGAAUAAAGUAAUUGUAUUAUUUU